AUGGCACGGUAUGGAAAUAUUCAAAUAAAUCCACCAGCAGUUGUUCCGAAACGCAUUCCGAGAAUUACAAGGAACAUUUACUGGACGAAUCGUUCUGAGGAACUUCCUGGACAUCAUGAACGCCAGCAGCAACACCAGCAAAGUACACAAGAUCUGCCGCCGUUAGCACCUCAGACUACGAGCGGUGCCGUGCCAUCAUCUUCAAAGGGUGACGAUGGUGCACCGAUUACAACGGCCGACAUUGUAUUCGCUAUCACAAGCAUCUACGAUGAUGCCGAAACGCUCAUUCAGCAUCUCUUUGAUUUAUUACGUUCAGCACGUGAUGACAAUGACCUUCAGAGUGAGUUGAUUGAUCUGUUGGGUAUCGAGCAGUUCGAGUUGGUCGGCAAAAUUUUGUUAUCACGGCGGAAACUUAUCAGCGACUUUGAAUGUGCACGCCAAGAAGUGGCUCAAACAACUGAACUCGAACGACUCCUGGUAUAG